ACAGCGGGACUUGGUACACGCUCGUUCAACGGAUUUGCAGCUAGUUCGAGCUGGGUGCACGACCUCGCUGGAUGAGUCUGUUCUUUCAAUUCCUUUGGAUUUUCUUAUUUCAAGUUUGACGAUUUUUAGGCUGAACAAGAAUGCAGCUACUGAUCCUCUUAGCAGGACUCGCCUGCGCCUCAACGACCGCAGAAGUCCUCGAAACUAUAGCUCAAUGGCCGUUGCUAGACUUUGCACUUCCGUACGACCAAGAAUUUCUCAAUCAGUAUCGUCCAGAGAAUGUAGUACCUACUGGAAUAGAGAUUGCGUGGGACAAAAUCUUUAUAAGCGUCCCAAGAUUACGAGCAGGCGUCCCGGCGACCUUGAAUUACAUCCCGAGGAAUCUUCCGCUAGAAAGUAGCCCGCAACUCCAAGCUUACCCCUCUUGGGACUGGCACAGCGCUGGAAAAGGCGAUCUGAACUGCUCCAAGCUGAUCUCCGUGUACAGGACCAGGCUGGACAGAUGUAAUCGACUAUGGACCAUAGAUAGCGGCGUAAUAACGUCAAUUGAUGACUUCAGACCGGUUUGUCCUCCGAAAAUAAUGGUGUUCGAUGUGAAAACCAAUCAGCUGGUGCGACAGUUCACGUUUCCACGAGAGGUUUUAAGACCAAACACGUUGAUGACGAAUCUCAUUAUCGAUGAUACCGCGGCAACUACCUGCGACGACGUGUUCCUUUAUAUAUCUGACACUGCAGGACCUGGUCUAUUGGUAUUCGAUGGUGCCACGGACAGGAGCUGGCGUGUGGUGCACGCAACCAUGUAUCCACAUCCAGAAUUCUCGACUUACAGGAUUGGCAGCGAUACGUUCGAAUUGCUGGACGGUGUCGUUGGACUCGCAUUUUCUGCCAGACUUGGAACGGUUUACUAUCAACCUCUAGCGACCGAUCGUCUGUUCAGCGUGCCAACCACUGCACUUCAGGCGGGUCCACCAGCAUUUGGUGAACAGCUACCGGUGACCUUGGUGGGUAAAAAGUCUAGUCAAGGACUUGCUCUGGCCGUUGAUCCACGAGACGACACGAUCCUUUUCUCUCCGCUUACCGAAACAGCCAUUGCCGCCUGGCAACCACAAACUAACCAACAGAGGAUCUUAGCUUACAGUCCGGAGAAGCUGCAGUUCGUCGCUGAAAUUCGAUGGACGGAGCGCGAUAGUGGCAACUUUUGGUUAAUGACUAGCAGGUUCCAGAAGUUCUUCAGGCGAGAGGUGAAUGCACGCGAUAUCAACAUUCGAAUAAUGAGGCUAAUGCCCAUACAGCGUCCGCUGAAACAUCCGAUCCUCGAUUCUUUUACUCGGACCUACUUACUUUCCGACUUUCCAUCGCAUUUCUACAACAACACCAUAGGAUUCUAAAAGGAAGAACAAGUGUCGAAGAAUCGAUUGCGUCUUCGACGUACCUACGUACGUCUAAUAGGAAAAUUUCUUAAACUUCCCUAAUAUUAGACCUAGAAUAAUCUAGAUGUAUAUGGGUAAUCCCAUUACCUUCGAACAAGAGAAAUCGAAGAAGCUUCAUAAAUUUCUUUUAGCAAGGAAUCUCGUUAGAAAAGAGGGAAAAAUGUUUAUCGUUGACAUCUUAGCAACUGUAGAGUAGAACGGCAAUUUUGUAAAUCAUAUACUAUAAACAUGGAUAAAUAUUUAUGUUUUAUAGAUAAACAUUUGUAAAACAGAGAGUAGUGAAUGUUGUUGUUAAGCAAUUUCAGCGUAGGUGUCCAUUGAAGAGUAUCAGAAACGUAUCAGUAAUUUGUAAAACCGAGUAUUAUGUUAUAUAUAGAAACAGAAGUAUUUUAUACCGUUAUUUAUUCAUUAAAAGCUAACGCUGUUUAAUCCUACGAUCAUUCGGACGAUUAUUUACACAGUGAAUCACAUUAUGUUCUAAUACAGCAGAUAAAAUUCCAGGAGAAGUAUUUUGUUUAAGGCGUGGAAUGUUUUCUUAACUCAUACAGCUCCUUUUACAUCCCAUAUAUCCAAAUGUCACUUUUUCAAAAUGCUUGUGAAAUAUCAAGGUUUCUAUAUAGGCUGUAAAUUAUUAAAAAGUCCGUGAAUAUAAAAUUCUGUAUAAAUUAUUAAAAAUCGAUAAAUUAUUUCGAACUUGAUAAACUCAGUGCAAAUGUAUGUUUAAGUUAUAAUUAAUAAGAAAAAGAGUUAUAACAAAUAAGAGAAAGAAAAUUUUAGAAACAGGCAACGUUCAAAAAAAGAUGUCCCGACUGAAUGGGAUCUUUAGAAAUUAAGAAACAAUCGAUAGAACUACGCAACUCGCGUACAAACUCGAAAUACAAACUCGCAAUGAUUAUGUUUAUCUAUUAAAUAAAAUUCUGCAUGCGUAAACGUAAUUACACAAUUGAUAUUGUCGCAAUCGUCAUUUAUAUCGUUCGGGUCUUUCACAAAAAGCGAAAAUUCCUGCUGUUUAUGUAUACAACGUCACAGAUAAAAUUUCUAUUAAACAACUAUGGAGAUAGAGUUGCACAUACUUAUUACGUAAUUCAUGAAUUAUCUAUGUAUAACCGAAGAGAUAUGAAUUUAUUGCAACGUCCGUCACACAUCGAUUUUAAACGAGAACAGAAAAAUGUCGAAAUCCAUUACUGGGUUAUUGACAGUUCAUUGACAUUAAGAAAAUGUAAUAGAUUUGUUAUCUCGUAAUUGAACAAGGGAACAAGGAAAAUAUUAGUACAAAUAUGCCAAUAACAUAUUCGUAUUAUGUAAAUGUUGUUAAGUUCAUUCUGUUGAUAUUAAAAUACGUGACAACA